CUUCCCUCCACGAGGACAGGAAAAGGCAGUGGGAGGCAGGAGGAAGAGCUGGGGGUGCGUCACCCCUGCUUCCCGGGCUGUCAGUCUCCCGGCGGGCCCAGCAGGUAGGGGCGCCCCCUCCCACGCAGCGCGGUUCAGGCGGCUGGGAAGGAGGGGCUGGGCUCCGAGCGCCCGCCCCUCCAUCUAUCACAUGGCCGGAGAGUCACAAAAACAACAGCUUUGGCCAAGACCGUGACUUCAGGAAGGGAACCCAGGGCGCUCUCAGCCAGCCCCCUCCCCAUGGAGGACAGUUUUCUGGAAUCCUUUGGGAGGCUGAGCCUCCAACAGCGGCAGCAGCAACCGCCGCUUCGGCCGCCGCCCGCGCGGGGGACCGCUCCGCGCCGCCACAGCUUUAGGAAACACCUCUACCUCCUGCGAGGCCUCCCGGGCUCGGGGAAAACCACACUGGCCAGACAGUUGCAGCAUGACUUCCCCAGGGCCCUGAUUUUCAGCACCGAUGAUUUUUUCUUCAGGGAAGAUGGUGCCUAUGAGUUCAACCCUGACUUCCUGGAGGAAGCUCAUGAGUGGAACCAGAAAAGAGCAAGAAAAGCAAUGAGGAAUGGCAUAUCCCCCAUUAUUAUUGAUAAUACCAACCUGCACGCCUGGGAAAUGAAGCCCUAUGCUGUCAUGGUAUUUCAGACCGAACAAAAGAAUCUUUUCAGGCUGGAAAUGGACUGUAGUUUUCAGGCCAGAAAUGAAGAAAUAUUCAUGGAGUCUCAAGAGAAAAAAUACACCGAAUGAAAGAACGGUAUGAACACAAUGUUACCUUUCACAGUGUACUUCAUGCAGAAAAACCAAGCAGAAUGAACAGAAACCAGGACAGGAAUAAUGCCUUGCCCUCCAAUGGUGCGGGAUACUGGAAUACCUAUGCAGCGCUUCCAAGGGCUCAUGGUGGCUUCGCAAACGAGAGCUCCUUUAGAAGGGGUGGUUUUCACCACAGAUAUUAGUGGCCUAUUGUACAGCCAUUCAGAACUUUCCUAAAUGAGUUUUUACUUCAACUUUGGUAUUUAUUCUUGGUUUAGUUUUAGUCAGAGCUCUAAUUCCAGUGUAAAUAGUCAAGCCCAGAAGUUUCUGAAGAGGUCAUUAUAUUCAUUACCUCCAACAAGCAAUGCUAGCGUGUACCCACAUACACGGUCUGAUGCUGGGAGUUCUGCAGACUGGGGAAAUUCUCUAGGAAAGAAUUCAUUUGAAAUUGAAAUCUAAGAUUAUCAAUUAGUUGCAUAGAUUCAUACAUAAAACAAGGUGUUUAUAGGUAAGCAACAGUACUGCUUUGAAGUAAUCCAUUAUUUUUUUAGGAAAUUCAUCUUCUCCAUAGAAGUUGGCAAGGUUGGGGGAAGCAAAGGUGUGGGAAACAUCUUAGUGCCAUUGCUACUUUGUUAAUCGGUGUCUAGAAACCCAAGUUUGUCACUCUAAUGACGCUAAUAUGUCAAAAAAUAUAAAGUGAACAUUUGGGGAAAGUUAUUCCUACAUUUUAAUGAUGUACCACUGUUAAAAAUGCCUGUUGAAUUCCUAAUAACUAAGGCAAUUAAGAAGAAUCAGUGCCAUUAAAAAUCAAACCCUGUGCUCAGCUACUUCGACAGGAUUAAACUCUACUUUGGGCUGCUGCCUAACAGUGUAAAUAAAUCUGCUUUCAUAAACACCAGUUUUUAAGAGGAAUAAUCAAGCAAUUUCUAAAAUUAUGUGUAUAACAUGUAUAGCUGGUUAGCAACCCAUAUGUUUGGGAGCAUAAGUUAAGCAGCCCAGGAUAUAAAUCAUGCCUUAGUAUGUAAAAGGCAUACUCACUGAAAGAUGAGCAGUCUUGUUUUAUGUGGUGUUGAGACAAUAAACUAUGGAGUGCCCUUCGUAUAUCAGUAAUGCAUUUAUGAAUACAAAUUAAAUCCCAACAGGUUGGAAUCAGAUUAAUUUGGUAUGAGACUGUGACAAGACCAUGUGGGACAUAUCUCUAUUUUUGCCAACAGCUUCUUUCUAAUGUUUUGUGAAAUAUUAUUUUGUGUCUUAUAAAUGGUGCUUUUAUGGUUAUUAAAAUUAUAUAUGGUAUUACGUUUA